AAGAGUUCGCUUAAAUAUUUCUCAUAGUCUGUUACGAGUACAUCCACGUCUCAUCAUCCUGUUCUUUUUAUCAGAACCGCAACUAAAAACAUGAUCAAGUUAGAUUGCCAUCCAAUUAUCCAGUCUAAAGCCAAUGCAGACCGACGAAGCUCCGUUAUUAAGUCCCGCCCAUAAUGGGGCGGGCCUGGGGCUUUGCAUAGCAGCAGUGUUCUUGUCCGGCGAGAUGGCUGGAUCCGGGGUGCUAGCCUUGCCCCAUGCCCUUUCCAACACAGGAUGGUCGGGCUUGCUCUUGCUGGUGAUGUUCGCCAUCAAUGGGGCCUAUAUCGGAUUUCGAUUGGGAACAUGUUGGGAGAUGAUUGCUGAGCAUUACGAGGAUUUCCGCACCCACGAACUGGUCCGAGACCCGUAUCCGUUGAUCGCCGAGCGAACAGGACGGGUUUUUGGCCAAGGUUGGGGCCUGGCCUUGAGAUGGGUCACCACGGCCUGCAUUGUUCUCACACUCUGGGGCGGCGCUUGCGUGUUCAUCAUUCUCAUAUCCAAUUUCUUGGCCAAUCUCGUCCCUCUGACCGCCAUGGGCAGUUGUCAAUGGUUGCUCGUGGUUGGAGGGGUCAUGAUUCCCGUCACGUGGUUGGGCAGUCCCAAAGAUUUUUGGCCUAUAGCAAUUGGAGCAUUGGUGACAACCUCAUCGGCGUGCAUUCUAAUCAUCGCACAAAUUGUCAUGGAUUCUGCAGACCAGGAUUCUCUUUCUAAUUGCACUGUGAUUAGCCGAGCCACUAGCCUAGCAUUCAUUUCGGGCCCCGAGUUCGAUCCUCCAACCUUCAAAGGCUUUAUGCAAGCCUUUGGAACGAUCAUGUUUGCUUUUGGAGGGGCGUCUACAUUUCCCACUAUACAGGCUGACAUGAGGAACAAGAGCCACUUCAAAUGGGCAGCUCUCAUUGCCCUGAUGGUUUUGGGGGUGAUAUACACGCCCACUUCUGCGGUGGGAUUUUUUCUCCUGGGCAAUUGCGUUCAGGAUAAUAUCGUGGACAAUCUGAGCGCAGGACCCAUUAAAAUCGUUGUGCAAUCUGUGCUUCUGGUCCAUCUUUUGACAGCGUUUCCAAUCGUCAUGAACCCUCCGAAUCUGUUCUUCGAAAAUGCAAUCGGCAUUCCGAAAGAAUUUGGGUGGCAGCGUUGUGUCUUCCGCACAUUAACCUUGAUUGUGUUGGUGUUUGUCGCCGGAUCCAUUCCGUCCUUUGGGUUGAUUUUGGACUUGGUGGGCGCGAGCACGGUUACACUUCUAACGUUCGUAUUUCCACCCCUGUUUUACAUGAUCCUUAGUAAGACAUCUCAACGAGGCCGUCCUUGUUGGGUGGAAAUUGGUUACUGUUUCCUUCUCAUCCUGAUUGGCUUGGUAGGAGGCACAUUUUCCAGCAUCUUUGCACUUCAAAGCAUCGUUCAAAGCGUCCAAUCAUUCGGCACUCCUUGCUAUUUACAAUAGCGCCGAAAAUAUAACCAUUCAAUUAAGUGACGAAUGCUUAUCAAAGACAAACCCACUUAAAAGACCUUAGGAGCCGAAGCUAUGGAGCUAUAACUUUAUUCGAACUAAGUGAAAGCAUAAUAUGUGGGCAGGGUGACAUCAGAUUCUAAAUGGCCUUAUUUUUAGUGAUAUAAUAAAUAUACUUGGCAACAA